AUGUACAGACCCAAUGACGCUCCCAAUUCCCUCACAUCAUCCGAGAAAAAGCGUCUCCGGGACCGAAAAGCGCAGAAGACACUCAGAGAAAAACGCGACGCACAUGUGAAGUCACUGGAAGACCGGGUUGCCUUUUGUGAGCGGCACCAUGGACAUGCGCAGGCGCAGCGAUUACUUGCUACUGUCGAGAGUUUGAGCAGGGAGAAUGAGAGAUUGCGGGUACGGCAGGAGAGACUGAAGGGGGUCGUGACGGAGUGGGAGGUUGAGGAUGCGCAUGGACAUCAUGAUGCGGGAUUGGCGCUGAAUAGGCAAGGUAGCAGUGAUGAUGCCAUGUUGUCGCUUGGAUACAAUAUGGCUUCAGCGUCCGCAUCCACAACUGCCUCAGCAUCAACCUCCCCACUUGCAUCAACCGGCCAUAAACAACACACGAUCGAUACAAAAACAUCCGUAUCUACACCCCUCCAAAAUCUUGGACCCGACCUUCCCCCUUGGUACCAAACCCCCAUAAACAAUUAUGGCCACAACCUCUUCUACUUCCCCGCAACCUGCCCCUGGCUCUCCAAUCCGCACCUUAUCGCCCUCUGUCCCCCCUACCCUUCACCCCUAGACCUCCUCCAUGGUACCCGCCGGAACUACCUCGCAAACCAAAUCCAUCACCUCAUUCGGCGGCGUGCGUUCCGCGACUCUGAAUGUUUGGCAUUGGGUUGGUUGGCGUAUUUGUUUAGUAAAUGGCGCGCGACGCCGAGUCCAGAGACUUUUGCGCGACUAGCGCCAUUUCAGAGGCCUGUUGCUAUACAAUUGCAAAAGGGCCAUCCGGCAGCGCUGGAUUUAAUGCCAUGGCCGCAACUCCGUACCAAUUUGAUAAAGAACUGGACAAAGUUCGAUUUCGUGGAAUUCGCAGGCUAUGCAUCGUGUUGUAUCAAGGUGCGGUGGCCGUGGGGUGAGGAUGUUCUUGAGAGGGAUGAGGAGGAUAGGUUUCAGGUGAGACUGGAGUUUAUGGAGGUGUUUAUGAGGGAGAGUGGGUGGGGGCUGACGACGGAAUUUAUUCAGCGGUAUCCGGAGUUUGUAGAGGGGAUGGAUGUUGAGAAUGUGAGGUUUCGGUUUGAGUUGCCGGAUUUGGAGACAUUGUCUUUCCAGAAGAGUGAGAUUUGA